AUGAUGGGUCUUUUAAUCAGCUCGGCAUUACUUCUGGCAGUUACCGCAAAUUGGGUUUUGGCCCAGGAACAGCAGCAGAUCAGAUGUGGGGAGGGCGCUCUCUGCCCGGAGGACUUACCCUGCUGUUCUCAAUAUGGCCAGUGUGGUGUGGGAGCAUAUUGUCUGGGAGGGUGCGAUCCCAAAUAUUCGAACUCUCUAGAAUCCUGCGUGCCUGCUCCGAUCUGUGAAAGCAAAGACUACUCAUUUGCGGAACUUGAUGGAGUAGUAUCCAACACCAGGUAUCUGGGAGACGCAAGCAAGGCGGACUGGGUUUCUAGCGGUGCUCCGCUGCCUUACGAUGGAAAACUUCUUUUGACCAUGGCAGAAGGGUCGGUAGGGACACUUCUUGCGAGCACACAUUACCUAUGGUAUGGAAAGGUCUCUGCCAAACUCACGACGAGCGGCGGUAAAGGUGUUGUGACUGCCUUUAUUCUCCUCUCAGAUGUCAAGGACGAAAUCGAUUUCGAAUUUGUUGGUACCGAGCUGGAAACAGCCCAAUCCAACUUCUACUCUCAGGGGGUGACUAAUUAUAACAAUGGCGAGAAACACGCUGGCCUUGCGAAUACUCUUACUACAGAGCACGAGUACGAAAUUGAUUGGACGCCAGACCAGAUCACGUGGUCAAUCGAUGGCAAAGAGGUCCGAACCCAACAGAAGUCAGACACAUGGAACGCAACAUCGAAUCGCUACGACUACCCUCAAACACCAGCCCGAGUCCAACUGUCGCUCUGGCCUGCCGGUCUGCCUACCAACGGUGAAGGUACGAUCAGUUGGGGCGGCGGUCUUGUCGAUUGGAGCAGCGAGUACGUAACCAAUGGAUACUAUUUUGCCGCCUUUUCCGAAGUCAAGAUGCAGUGCUACAACCCACCCCCUGGCGCAAACGUCCAGGGUAGUGUUUCCUAUACCUACGAUGAUGUGGCUGCCACAAACGACACCGUGAUUACUGGCAACAAACCCACGGUGCUCAAGUCAUUGCUCGGAACCGGUACCAACAUGACUGCGGAUUACCCAUCCGCAGCAGCAAGUGCAUCCGCUUCUGCCCAGACAAGCGAGCUUGCGACAGUUCCCGGGUUGACAGGAGCGGGCCCUGGCACGAACGGCCAACGUGGAGAUAACCAAUCUGGCGGAAGCUCUUCGGAGUCUGGCUCUGGUGAUGGCAGCAACACUGAUAGCUCCAGCUCGGCCGCCACCGGUUUCGUCCAAGGGGGUGGCUCUAACGGAAGCGGUAACGGGGCUGCAGUGCAACGACCGGAAAUAAUCCUCCAGGGUUCGUUGUUUGCAGUGGCCAUGGCAGUUAUCGGCCUCUUGGCCGUGUGA